ACCCCCGUAUGCCGCGCUUGAAGACUGUAGAAAAAACGAAUGUCUUGUCACGAAAUCUCCGAUAAAUCGUAUUUCUUCUCCCAUUUAUUCCACAGUGGCAGAAUGUUCACGUCAAGUUAGUGCUUCAUGUCUAAAAAAAGCGGAAAUCGACGUUGAAUCUGCAUCUUCUCAUUAUGCUAGUGUUAGUGAAAUAAAUGCUCAAAGACCUGUCUUUCAACCGUCACAAACUGAUGCAGACACCUCGUCAAAUGUCCAUCACUCGCCAACAGCUCUACCUCAAAGUUCCUCCCAAUUUUCAUUGUACCAGUCCAUUGAUCAAGUACGACACGACGCAAAUCUGGAUAAUUAUCAAAAAAGUGAUUCUGGUAUCCAGAUGGAAUCUCAGUCCGCGUCAUGUGAUCCUAAUGAUGACUCUAAUCUUUCUGCGGCGACUGGCGGCAGUGAGAACAAGGAAGAUUUGUAUGCUAAAGUGGGUAAUUUCCGUAAAAAAGGAGCUGGGGUUGAAGUUGUGUCGAUGACAAGAUCAUCAUCUGAUGAAGCAGACUUGACUUUAUUCUCCGAUGACGAACAUGGUGGUCCUCCAUUACCGGCCAGAAGAUACAAACAGGAUAGUACGCUAAAGUCUUCAAAAGGUUUCAGUUCAUCUAAAUCAUCAUUACUCAACAAGAUGGGUGCCAUCAAAAACUCAACCAAAUCCAAAAUCAAAUCUUUCCGUAAAGCUGUCAGUUUGGAAAGAGGUCUGGAUAAUGUAGAAACUAUUGAGACGCCAAGUAAAGCCGAAAAACUGGAGAAAUCAAAGAGCAAGAUGAGAAAAGCUCCAUCAUUGAAAUCACUAACGGCCCUGUUUGGUAAAAAGUCGAAAUCUAAAAAGGAGAAAACAGAUCAGGUGUUGAGUGUUUUUGAUGACGGUUCAGAAAGGCUUCCAUCAAAAGGUUCUACAUUAUCACUAUCCAAGAAGAAACUAUGGAGUUCUGCUAAAUCUCUGGAAACUGAUAAUGUUGAGGCACCGACUAUGUUACGUACUAUCGGCAAAUUGUUGGAGAUAAACCAAGAUGGAAACCAUAUUAUAGAAUUAACGAAACCACCACAUGGUCCGAUAGGAUUCUAUAUUGGACGUGGAACUGCUAAUUACGACUAUGGUAUAUUUGUAUCACGAUUUAGUGACGUAAGUUUAGAGAAAUUAUUCGCUGGUUUGAUGAAUGUUGGUGAUGAAAUUCUUGAAAUUAAUCAACGACCAGUCCGAGAUUUAUCGUUGGAUGAUGCAUACGAAUUAAUGGCUGCUAGAAAUAAAUUAGUGCUCAAAGUAUUCCCGCUGUCUUCCCGUAGAGACUUAUAG